UUCAACCACCUUCAACAAUCAACAUUCAAAAAGCCGAACAGAGAAAUUUAAAUUUUAAAUAUCAUUAAACAAGGGAACGUGUCUGUAUUUGUUUGAAGUUUAAAAAGUGUGUAUUCUUUUAUUAGUUCAGAGGUCUAAGGUUCAAAGAUUACGCUCGUUAAUUCACAUAUUUAACAAAAUAUGUCCGAUACCGAGGAGGAGAGAGUCUUCGAAAUCGAUGUAGCAAAGAAUGGCAGGGCAGGAUGUAAAAAAUGCAAACAAAAAUGUUUACAAGGAGAAUUAAGGAUAGCAAAAAUUGUAGCAAAUCCUUUUGCCGAUGGUAAAAUGAAAAAUUGGCAUCACAUUGACUGCCUUUUUGAAGCGUUCAAGAAGCAACGAGCUACCACCAAAAGAAUAGAGAGUGAAGAUGAUAUCAUUGGGUUCGAAUUGAUUUCUGCUGACCAACAAACCAGUAUAAAGGAUAAAAUUCGAGAUUUAAGGGUUUCCUUUGGAGGCAGUACUAAAACACCAACGAAAAAACCUAAAAAGGCAGUUAAAGCUGAACAAAACAAGUUGGCUGCUGAUGUAGAUGUGAAAAAAGAAGUAAAUAAAGACAAUCAAUUCAAAAUCUUUCAAAAAAUAGUAGAAAAAGUAGCGAAACAUCCAAGUUAUCUUGACAAAACUGGAAUUAUCAAGCAAUUCUUUGAUAAAGGCUCUGAUGGUAAUUCAUUUAAAGGAGACAUUGAAAUCUGGUGCAGGCUGCUAUUGCCUGGUAGUGUAAAAAGAAUUUAUAAUUUGCAAAGUAAACAAUUGGUUAAAAUUUUCAGUAAGAUGUUUCUUGAAGAUCAAGAUGAAAUGAUGGCACAUUUGGAACAAGGUGAUAUUAGUGAUACGAUAAGCCAUUUUUACAAUCGGAGCAAAAAAUUUAAUCCAAUAACUUCAAAAUCAACAAUAACAGUCCAAGAAGUUGACAAUUUUCUGGAACAUUUAUCAAAACUGACCAAAGAGGACGACCAAAUCAGUCAUUUUUCAAAAAUUAUAAAAACUCUGACUCCAGAUGAUUUAAAAACCAUUAUAAGGCUGAUCAAGCACGAUUUAAGAAUGGGAGCUGGGGCAAAACAUGUACUGGAAGGCAUACAUCCAGAUGCAUAUAAUGUCUAUAAGACUUCCAAGGACUUGGAUGGUGUAGUGGAGAGGUGUUUUGGUAAUCGAAAAGUCCAAAGUGCCGAAGUUAAAAUUCUUACUCCAGUAUUUCCAAUGUUAGCUGAAGCUUGCAAGUCUGUAGAAUAUGCAAUGAAAAAAUGUCCAAAUGGAAUGUUUUCUGAAAUUAAAUAUGACGGAGAAAGAGUCCAAGUUCAUAAACAGGGAAACGAAUUUAAAUAUUUCUCAAGAUCCCUCAAACCAGUAAUGCCGCACAAAGUAGCCCAUUUCAAAGAAUACAUUCCAAAAGCUUUUCCUCAUGCAGAAGAUUUGAUACUGGACACAGAAAUUUUAAUGAUGGACACAAACACUGGAAAACCCUUGCCGUUUGGAACGCUGGGCGUUCACAAGAAAGCCCAAUUUCGUGACGCCAGCGUGUGUCUUUUUGUUUUCGAUUGCAUGUAUUAUAAUGGAGAGAGUUUGAUGGAAAAGCCUUUGAUUGAAAGGAAAAAAAUAUUGAAUGCAAAUAUGACGGAAGUGCCGAAUCAUAUUGUAUUUUCUGAGAUGCAAGAAAUAGAUGAACCUCAAAAACUUGCCAAAAUGAUUGCAAAAGUUUUGAAGUUGGGAUUGGAAGGUUUAGUUUUAAAGGACACAAUGAGUAAAUAUGAACCCGGAAAACGUCACUGGCUUAAAGUUAAGAAAGACUACUUAUUUGGAGGCGCCAUGGCCGAUAGUGCCGAUUUAAUUGUUUUGGGGGCAUGGUAUGGAACUGGUCAAAAGGGCGGCAUGAUGUCUGUUUUUCUAAUGGGUUGUUACAAUCCCAAUACUAGAAAAUUUUGUACUGUUACGAAAGUACACACAGGUCAUGAUGAUAAAACCUUGGAACGAUUACAGAAAGAGCUAGAAAUGGAAAAAAUAAGUAGCGAUCCAGAUAAAGUACCAAGUUGGUUGAACUGCACUAGAACAAUGGUGCCAGAUUUUGUGGCUGUUGAUCCCAAGAAACAGCCUGUAUGGGAAAUUACUGGUGCCGAGUUUUCUCAGCAACAUGAUGUUCAUACCGCAGAUGGGAUUUCUAUCAGAUUCCCAAGAGUUACCAAGAUUCGAGAUGAUAAAACAUGGAAAACUGCCACAAAUGUAGAUGAACUAAAAGAAUUGUUUAAAAAAUCCAAAGCCGAUACUGAUGUCAGUCAACUGUUAAAAGAUUACAAAGUAGAAUUAGAUGCGGAUGAUGAUACACUUUCAACAAAGGGUACUGAUACUAAAGAGAACAGCAAAAGUCCGUCCAAAAAACGAUUGCUGGACAUUAGUAUUAAUUCUGAAGCAUCAUCAAGUAGCAGUUCACCAAAGAAAUGUAAAAAAGAUUCUUUAGAAUCAGUCGAUUCAAGGAGAGAUAAUAAAAAAUUAGCAGAAGAAUCAGAAAAAAGCAAUAUAAGAAAAGUGAAGCUAGAAAAUGCUUUGCCAAAUUUAUUUGAAAACAUUCAAGGUUUAUUUGUUAAUCCAAGGGAUCCCAACAUUGAAAGAUAUUUCUUAGCUUAUGGUGGACUUAUAGCGAAAACCAAAAAUGCAAAUUGCAUAUUUCAUUCGACCAAUAAAAUUGAAGAUAUUUGCGUAGAGUGGCCUAAAAACGCAAAACAUUUACAUGUCAGCUGGAUUGUAGACUCUGUAAAUCAACUGAAAUUGAAACCUUCUGAUAAUUACUGCGUAACAUGGGAACCUGUUGUUAGUAGUAAACACAAUGAGCGAUAUAAGAAGUUUUUCAAAGGCUAAAUUAUUUUUUGUAAAAUAAAACAAAAUUUGCAAUGUUAACAAAUAACAAUAUAUUAUUUUUCUGGUAAAAAAAAAAUAUAUAUUAACUCGUUGACUUAUUUUCUUCUAAAUUAAGUGGCUUUGCUUGAAUCAGUUCUUUUUGCUCGGUCAGGGCUCUUGAUUCAUGGACAAACACAACAAAAUUUAUAUUCUAAAAAAGAAUCUAUGCAUCAUAACCAAAUAAUUUAGAAAAGUUAUUAUAAAAAAUUAUUAUAUUUUCAAUAUGACUUCUUCUUUAAAUUCCUUAGAUUUAUUUACCUGUUGUUUAGCUGCCCUAACAAAUCCAUCAUUACUGGUGACAGUUAUAGCUUGUAUUUGAUCUCCAAACAUAAAUACCGUUAAGGAUCUUUGUCUAAUUUUUCCACCCAAGUCCAAAAUUUUGCCUUUUGUAAAUUGCGCUUGAUGGAAAAUUUCACUUCCUUCGCUACCCUCUUUGGUGUCUUUGAAAGUAGCAUUGUCUGGCAAAAUUAUUACUCUUUUCAUUAAUUCUUCUGCUCUAUUUUUUUCUGUUGGCCCUCCUACUGUAUUUACUAUAUUUUCAAAACUUUCCUUGGCUGU